GCAGACGUAGAUCAUACGACCUGUACCGCCCAUGCGAAGCUCUCGUCAUCGAAACUUUCAAUGGACUGUCGUGUUCCUGAAGGUCAACACACGUCCAUCGGCCAACCCAUGUCCCAUCGUCGCACGUACUGAUUGUCCCCUUCUCGAUGCCCAAGUGAUUCCGCCAUUACACGGCAGCAGAGAUCAACCUCUUGCGGUUCGGGUGGUGCCUUGCGUGCGCAACGACGCUCGUCGAGAGAUACCCCGUUGGCUCGACGUGCGCACUCGCCCAGGACGUCGCGGCUCAGUAAGAAGAAAGGAUCACUCACCGCCUGGAGAUCUCGUUGUAACAGUGCUACCGAACAGGCGUGUUUCCCUCGUCCUCUCGCUGCUACCUUGUUUUGUCCGGCUGUACGCCCGGCUUUGAGGCCGAUGGAUGUUUGUUUGUUGCGUUUUGUUCGUGAUUCUUCUUUCUUUAUUUUCUCCAUAACAAUUCACAACUCUACCGAAUUUGGUAUAUUUGCUUUAUCUUUUCACUCCUCGUAAUCAUGGAAUGGAGUUGAUAUACUUUCAUCUUCCUUAGCAGCCGCGUGUACGCCCAUGAUAGGAUCGUGGGAGAAGGAGCGCGAAUGCCAAUACCAGCCGAUUGGCGUCCAGAAUUAGGUGCCGCUCGUCAGUCCCGAGCACCGCGACACUUGAUUCAUGACGUUUCCCGCUGCCUCCACCAGACUUACUAUGAGCAUCGGGGUCUGUCCACGGCGUGCGACCCAUAGCAGCUUCGCACGAGAUGUUUUUUUCUCAUUCGUGAUCAUUCGCUCAGCGCUGCUCAUCAGCCGCAUCGCCUUUUCAACGAUUAAACACUCUGGGGACAGCAGAACCGGGGCCACAUCCAGAUGAUAGCGCGGGGGGGAGGGGGCAAGGAGGAGCGCUGAGAGAUCGGGGCUGCAGCAUUCACGUGACUAUGCACGCGAGCGUCGAGCGUGCGUCUACGAGAUUGGUCGGGUUCAUUGUGAGCGCAUGCCGAUCGGCGACGAGUACUGCCAUAUUCUGUCUUGAUUUUACUCUUCCUCGUCUUUUUCCUCUUCCCUUUCUCCCUGCAGUACAGGGGAUCUAUGAGUUCGCUUUCCGUACGCCCUGCUCAGCAGUGGAUUGACUUGCUGUACCCAUCUCGGCCCGGUAUUUUGAUAGGUCGACUUGUUCCUCAGAAUAUAAAUAUAAGCGGUCGGAUUGGUGAGACAUGGUCAUUUCCCACAGCGUUCCAUGGCUUUCGAGUUCUGCCGUCUCGAGCAGUUCUACGCGAGCUGGCUCGUAUUCGUCCGCUUUGCUCAAGAGGUGGAAGUCGAGGGAGGCUGUCAUCUUCCACCGUGAUGUAUUCGGGUCUAUCGAAGCCAGGAUCUCAGAGGCCACGCUUUAUGUGGACCUUUUGCAUCAUGCUGGCAUAUGCUCAACCUCGAGGAAGCAAUGUGCAGCGCGGCCUAGUUAAGAUGAAGUGGGUGGCGAUUGAAGUUGCAACGCAUCCGCCAGUGGGAAUAGAACGGACGAUUGUCGUGAGAUUGGGACGCCAUUUCAUAUAAUCCGAUACCAACGCAGUGGUACCACGAGGCGAUCGCACAUACAGAUUCAUGAACAGAAACUAAUAUCGAGAUGAAACGCCCCUCCGAUGGAUUGCACUCGCGCACCCUCCACAAGCGGCCCAUCUUCGCGCUCUGCGAUGUCUGCCUUAUCCUUCAAUCGCUCAUGCUUCUUCGCGCCCUCGUUACCGGUUCUGAUAACAGAGAUAAACCAUACAAGGAUGAUGGCUUGCCUAGCGAUGUGGGAGGCUCGCGGGCGUCAUUAGUAUGCUGCAUAUCAGCUAGUUGCUGCAGAUGAUGUUUCUUGGACCGUCUUUGCUCCGAUUCAUUCGCGGUCCGUCAACGUGUCAGCCUCGAGCACUGUGGCACCCGAUGUCGACACGAAAGCGCUCGUGCUCUCGUAACUCCGUCAUUUUAUUCAGAUGCACCGUGUCUUUCGCGCCUUACGAUCUUCGACGACCUCGCGCAAGAGUCCAUCACGCUCUGCUGCAAUUCCCUCCGUGCCGUUUCCUGGAUGAUCGUAAACACACGCACUUUUCGUUUCCUACGAUCGUUACCCGUGCUUGGUCGUGGUGCGUGUUGGAUGACCACUAGUACUUACACUUGUUUGGCUGCACGGACAAUGACUUGCGACACAUGCUCACC